CUGAAGAGAUACCCAUCUGAUUUUUUCUCUUCCUAGGUUUUUUUUCUUUUUCAUUUUUUAUUUUUUAACCAUUUUUUUUGCCUGUAGUACAAUUUACAGACCCAUACUAAAAGAAAAAUUAAAUUUUGUCAAAGUACAAAACAAAAGAGAGAGGUGAAGCCACACAAUCUCUUUUCCUCUCUCUCUCUCUCUCUGUUAUAUCUCUUCUGUUUAAUUCUUUUAUUCUUCUUCGUCUAUCUUCUUCUCCUAUAAUCUCUUUUCUCUCUCCCUCUUCACCUAAAGAAUAAGAAGAAAAAUAAUUCACACAUCUUUAUGCAAACUACUUUCUUGUAGGGUUUUAGGAGCUAUCUCUAUUGACUUGGUUCUGAUACAAAGUUUUGUAGUGUUCUUUGGCUCUCUUUUCUCAUGAUUUGGCGACUCAGGGUAUGAAAAAGAUUUGCCUUUCUAUUUUGUUUAUUGAUUCUUUUUAACUUUAUCUUGGAGAUGGGUUCUUGUAGAUCUUAAUGAAACUCCUGUUUUUGUCCCAAAAAGAGUUUUCUUUUUUCUUCUCUUCUUUUUGGGUUUUCAAUUCUUGAGAGACAUGGCAAGAGAUCAGUUCUAUGGUCACAAUAACCAUCAUCAUCAAGAGCAACAACAUCAGAUGAUUAAUCAGAUCCAAGGGUUUGAUGAGACAAACCAAAACCCAACCGAUCAUCAUCAUCAUUAUAAUCAUCAGAUCUUUGGCUCAAACUCCAACAUGGGUAUGAUGAUAGACUUCUCCAAGCAACAACAGAUUAGGAUGACAAGUGGUCCGGAUCAUCAUCAUCAUCAUCAUCAGACAAGUGGUGGUACUAAUCAGAAUCAGCUUCUGGAAGAUUCUUCAUCUACCAUGAGACUAUGCAAUGUUAAUAAUGAUUUCCCAAGUGAAGUAAAUGAUGAGAGACCACCACAAAGACCAAGCCAAGGUCUUUCCCUUUCUCUCUCCUCUUCAAAUCCUACAAGCAUCAGUCUCCAAUCUUUCGAACUCAGACCCCAACAACAACAACAAGGGUAUUCCGGUAAAUCAACACAUCAUCAGAAUCUCCAACACACCCAGAUGAUGAUGAUGAUGAUGAAUAGUCACCACCAAAACAACAACAACAACAAUCAUCAUCAUCAGUUUCAGAUUGGGAGUUCCAAGUAUUUGAGUCCAGCUCAAGAGCUACUAAGUGAGUUUUGCAGUCUUGGAGUAAAGGAAAGUGAUGAAGAAGUGAUGAUGAUGAAGCAUAAGAAGAAGCAAAAGGGUAAACAACAAGAAGAGUGGGACACAAGUCAUCACAACAACAAUGAUCAACAUGACCAAUCUGCAACUACUUCUUCAAAGAAACAUGUUCCUCCACUACACUCUCUUGAGUUUAUGGAACUUCAGAAAAGAAAAGCCAAGUUGCUCUCCAUGCUCGAAGAGCUUAAAAGAAGAUAUGGACAUUACCGAGAGCAAAUGAGAGUUGCGGCGGCAGCGUUUGAAGCCGCGGUUGGAGUAGGAGCGGCAGAGAUAUACACUGCGUUAGCGUCAAGGGCAAUGUCAAGACAUUUUCGGUGUUUAAAAGACGGACUUGUGGGACAGAUUCAAGCAACAAGUCAAGCUUUGGGAGAGAGAGAAGAGGAUAAUCGUGCGGUUUCGAUUGCUGCACGUGGAGAAACUCCACGGUUGAGAUUGCUCGAUCAAGCUUUGCGGCAACAGAAAUCGUAUCGUCAAAUGACUCUCGUCGACGCUCAUCCUUGGCGUCCACAACGCGGUUUGCCUGAACGCGCAGUCACAACGUUGAGAGCUUGGCUCUUUGAACAUUUUCUUCACCCAUAUCCAAGCGAUGUUGAUAAGCAUAUAUUGGCCCGACAAACUGGUUUAUCAAGAAGUCAGGUGUCAAAUUGGUUCAUUAAUGCAAGAGUUAGGCUAUGGAAACCAAUGAUUGAAGAAAUGUACUGUGAAGAAACAAGAGGUGAACAAAUGGAGAUUACAAACCCGAUGAUGAUCGAUACUAAACCGGACCCGAACCAGUUGAUCCGCGUCGAACCGGAAUCUUUAUCUUCAAUAGUGACAAACCCUACAUCCAAAACCGGUCACAACUCAAACCAUGGGACGACGUCGUUGGGGUCAACGUUUGACUUCUCCUUGUACGGUAACCAAGCUGUGACAUAUGCUGGUGAAGGAGGGCCACGUGGUGACGUGUCGUUGACGCUUGGGCUACAACGUAACGAUGGUAACGGUGGUGUGAGUUUAGCGUUGUCUCCGGUGACGGCUCAAGGUGGCCAACUUUUCUACGGUAGAGAUCACAUUGAAGAAGGACCGGUUCAAUAUUCAGCGUCGAUGUUAGAUGAUGAUCAAGUUCAGAAUUUGCCUUAUAGGAAUUUGAUGGGAGCUCAAUUACUUCAUGAUAUUGUUUGAAAUUAAAAGAUUAGGACCAAAUUAUCGAAACAUAUUUUUCAAAACCGAUUCCGUUAUGUAACGAUUUAGUUAGAUAAAAACCAAAUUAGAUAUUUUAUAUAAACCGCUGUCUGAUUGGAUUGGGGGAUUGGUGGACACAGAUAUAUAUUAAUGUAUGAGUUAGUUGGUUCGUCAAUAUCACAUGUAGGAUACUUUCAUUUUCUUUUUAAAAAUAUAUUUUUGAGA